UUCGACUAAGAUGCCCCACGAAAUUUUUACUCAAAAAAGGAAGUAAGGAAGAAAGAAAGAGAUCAAGACAGAAACUAAGAAAGAUUCACAAUUUGCCACAUCAGCAAAUUCCCACACAAGUUUGAGGCACACUUAUGAAGACUUGGAAUUUACUUUUCUGAAACCAAUCCACUCGUCCGAUCCCAUAAAAGAGCUGGGAUAUUUUGAACCAUUUGAACCAAUAAAAUUAUCCAGCGUGUCCAUUUUCAGCCUCAAACACCGUGUGUUUUUUUUCUCUUUGCGUCAUAAAUGUUUUAGCUUCACUGCUUCACUUAUCACAGUAGCUACACAUCCACUAUAUAUAGACCCACCCCUCACAUUCAUCAUAAUUCAUAAAUAAAAAACCUCUACCUUAAGAUAUCCAAGACUACUUUUUACUCUCUCUGCCAGCAGGGACCAAAAAUGGAUAUUUUUCCAAGCUAUUAUUCGGACCCACUUACCGAAUCAUCAUCAACUGAAUAUUCGUCAGUUAUGUUAGCUUCAGACAAUCCCAAGAAGCCAGCAGGAAGGAAGAAGUUUCAGGAAACUCGACAUCCAGUAUACAGGGGAGUCAGGAAGAGAAAUUCAGGAAAAUGGGUUUGUGAAGUCAGAGAACCCAAUAAGAAAUCAAGAAUUUGGCUUGGCACUUACCCAACGGUAGAAAUGGCGGCAAGAGCUUAUGACGUAGCGGCUAUAGCAUUAAGAGGUCGUUCUGCUUGCUUGAACUUUGCUGACUCUGCUUGGAGGUUGCCUACCCCGACUUCCUCUAACACCAAAGAUAUUCAAAAGGCGGCCGCUGAGGCCGCCGAAUCUUUCCGACCAGUAGAGUCGGAAAGAGUUUUAGGAGAAUGCACUCUUGAAAUGCCACAAAGUAUGUCCUUUGUGGAUGAGGAAGCAUUGUUCUGCAUGCCGGGAUUACUUGCGGAUAUGGCCGAAGGACUAAUGCUACCUCCACCUCAAUGUUUAGAAUUCGAAGAUCAUGCCGAAGCUUAUGCUGACAUGUCUUUAUGGAGCUAUUCAAUAUAAGCAACUCUCUGGUUAUAUUACUUCUUUGACAGUUCAAUAUGCAAUGGGAAUGCUCAAUGUGAAGUUCCUUAAAUAAGGAUAUUUAGGUGAUAUUCCAAGUUUUGUACUCAAUAUUUUGAUGGAAGGGAUGUAUAGAAGUGAAAAAGAAAAAAAACAUGUACUAGUAGCACUUAGUGCGUAGUCCUAUAUAUGUCAGCAUGGUCAUCUAAUAAUUUGUUGACCUGGUUUAGACAAGUGAGAGAAAAUUGGCUUUGUCAUUUUCAAGCCAUUGUAUUUGAAUGAAAGACUUGCUCAAGAAGUUAAUAUAGGAGAUAUUUCAUCUGUAAAAAAUGUUCAGUAUAUUCAAUGAUUUGAUAUUAAAAAAGUUGAAGUUUCUAA